AUGAGAAGUAUCAUGAUCCUAAUAGUAAUACCCUUUGUACUAGCUUCAUUAUUUCCAUGUUUUCAAGCUCAGACUCUGUCAUCACCCUUUUCCAACCGAGGGCAAUGGCAACUCAUGCAAUCAAGCAUUGGCAUAUCCCCAAUGCACAUGCAACUUCUGCACAACGACAAAGUCAUCAUGUUUGACAGAACCGAUUUUGGCCACUCUUAUCUUCCUCUUUCCAAUGGUCGUUGUCGCAUGGACCCCUUUGACAUUGCCCUAAAACUCGAUUGUUCUGCUCACUCCUUACUGUACGACGUUGCCACAAACACGAUACGACCCUUAAUGAUACAAACUGACACAUGGUGUUCCUCAGGCUCGGUUCUCCCCAACGGUACUUUGAUCCAAACAGGUGGCUACAACGAUGGUGAACGUAGCAUUCGCAUGUUCACCCCAUGCUUCGACCAAACCUGCGAUUGGGUCGAGUUCCCACGUUUGUUAUCACAAAGAAGAUGGUAUGCAACAAACCAAAUACUCCCAGAUGCUCGUGUCAUUGUUGUUGGAGGUAGAAGACAAUUCAACUACGAAUUCUUACCUAAAACCACUAACCCUAACGAUUCUCUUUCUUCUAUUCCUCUUAACUUUCUCCAACGAACCACUGAUACAAGUGAAAAUAAUUUAUACCCUUUCGUGCAUCUUUUACCCGAUGGAAACCUAUUCAUCUUCGCCAACACAAAAUCCGUGUUAUUUGACUACAAACAAAACACUGUAAUCAAAGAGUUCCCUCCAAUUCCAGGAGAAGAUCCUCGAAACUACCCUAGCUCGGGUUCUUCCGUUCUUCUCCCACUAGACGAAAACCAAGGUCCCCUCCAAGCUGAAGUGGUAGUCUGCGGCGGAGCGCCACGUGGCUCGUUCGAAAGCGCCGUACGUGGGAGCUUCAUGCAAGCCCUUGGCACGUGCGGGAGGCUGAGACUCACUGACCCUAACCCUAAUUGGGUGAUGGAGAACAUGCCGAUGCCAAGAGCAAUGGGUGACAUGCUUCUCCUCCCUAACGGCAACGUUGUUAUAAUUAAUGGAGUAGGAACCGGGACCGCCGGGUGGGAACACGGCCGUGAACCGGUCUUGACGCCGGUGAUAUUCCAGCCAUCGGAGACUGUAAAUCCGUUUACUAUUAUGGCACCGGCGUCAAGGCCUAGGUUAUAUCACUCUUCAGCUGUGUUGUUGAAAGAUGGAAGGGUUUUAGUUGGUGGCAGCAACCCUCACGUUUUUUACAACUUCACUGGGGUUGAGCACCCCACUGAUCUUAGCUUGGAAGCGUUUUCUCCACCGUAUUUAGCGCCGGAGUUUAACCCGGUGCGGCCAACAAUUAGGUACGUUACGAAUAAUAACGUUUUAGGGUUUAGGGUUUUUUGUUAUGUGACGUUCACGGUGGCUGAUUAUGGUUCGGCGAGUGACGUGUCGGUUAGGAUCGUGGCACCUUCGUUUACUACGCACUCUUUUGGACAGAAUCAGAGGAUGGUGGUGUUGAAGCUGCGUGGGGUUACGUACCUAGGCGGAGAGGCUUAUUAUGCCACGGUGGUUGGGCCGUCGACGCCGGAGAUUGCGCCGCCGGGGUACUACAUGAUGUUUGUGGUGCACAAGGGUGUUCCAAGUUCAGGUUGGUGGGUGCAAGUCAUGUAA